AUGAUGAGAGCGCGCUGCUGGGACCACCGGAAAAAGCCACGGGUGACCCAGGACUCAGCACCCAGGAGCAUGCGGCUUGCAGGACAAGAGACAGCGGGCCAGCUACAGGUGACGCCAAUGCUCACACCCAAUGGCAGCGGGCUGAGCCAGGAGUUUGAAGGCCAUUGGCCGGAGAUCCCAGAGAGGUCCCCGUGUGUGGCCGGGGUCAUCCCUGUCAUCUACUACAGCGUCCUGCUGGGCCUGGGGCUGCCUGUCAACCUCCUGACCACAGUGGCCCUGGCCCGCCUCGCCGCCAGGACCAGGAAGCCCUCCUACUACUACCUUCUGGCGCUCACGGCCUCGGAUGUCAUCACCCAGGUAGUCAUCGUGUUCGUGGGCUUCCUCCUACAGGGAGCAGUGCUGGCCCGAAAGGUGCCCCAGGCUGUGGUGCGCGCGGCUAACAUCCUGGAGUUUGCUGCCAACCACGCCUCAGUCUGGAUCGCCGUCCUGCUCACGGUCGACCGGUACAGCGCCCUGUGCCACCCCCUGCACCAUCGGGCCACCUCAUCCCCAGGCCGGACCCGGCGGGCCAUCGCUGCUGUCCUUGGUGCUGCCCUGCUGACUGGCGUCCCCUUCUACUGGUGGAUGGACGUGUGGAGGGACGAGGACCCCCCCAGCACACUGGACAAGGUCCUCAAGUGGGCUCACUGCCUCAUCGUCUAUUUCAUCCCUUGCGGCGUUUUCCUGGUCGCCAACUCGGCCAUUGUCUGCCAGCUACAGAGAAGGGGCCAGAGCGGGCCUCGGCCCCGGGUGGGCAAGAGCACCGCCAUCCUCCUGGGUGUCACCACGCUCUUCGCCCUCCUUUGGGCGCCCCGCAUCUUUGUCAUGCUCUACCACCUGUACGUGGCCCCCGUCUACCGGGACUGGAGGGUCCACCUGGCCUUGGAUGUGGCCAACAUGGCAGCCAUGCUCAACACAGCCGUCAACUUUGGGCUGUACUCCUUUGUGAGCAAGACCUUCCGGGCCACUGUCCAGGAGGUCAUCCAUGACGCCCACCUGCCCUGCACCCUGGGGUCACAGCCAGCGGGCGUGGUGGCGGAACCUGUGCUGAAGCCUGCAGGACUGCCCAAAGGGGCAGGACUGUAGAGGAGGAGCCCAUGCAGGGAGCUUGGGGCGGCUCACAGCCAGAUUCCUGGGGUCUUUGUGGUUGCUUCCACAAAACUUUAUCAGUACCCUACUUUGCAAUCUGGGGAUGAAAGGAGAGGCUCCUUCCUUCAGGGGUGGCUUCCCAGGAAGCUAAAUUAGUGUUGGUUGAAUGAAUGAAUGAAUGAGUGAGUGACUGAAUAGAUGGAUAGAUGGAUGGAUGGAUGGAUGAAUAUGAGUUGUUUCCAGCCCACCCCUUCCUGGAGCCCACCUCUCAUUCCCUGAGUUGAUUACUUCUCCGGCUUCUAGUGGCAAUGCCAGGGAGAAAGGGAGAUGUCUGCUGGAUUCCAGGCCUUUCCUGGGCUGCGGGAACCAAAUGCAGGGGGCUGAACAAUGGGAGACGGGCUGCCUGAGAAAGGGAGUGGUCUUUUUUUUUUUUUUUUGAAAGGGAGUGGUCUGAAGCAGAUUCAAUGCCCCAGCCCUGGGGCGACAUAACCUCUGGGGUCUCUAGCAUCCUGGACUGAUUAAAUCCCUGCCCUGGAGCCAGAACAGGUUCAGGGCCCCAGAACAGCCCUGGGGAGGCACUUUCCAUAGUUGCUGAGGACCAGGACUAAGAAAGAAAAUGUCCUCUUAGCUCAGGGGCCAGGAGAGCGGAAGGGGCCUCCCGGCCACACCCCUAAGCUCACUCCUCUUGGAGAAGAAGCCUCUUUCUCCACCAAGGGGAGGAAGGGAGAUGGCUCCGCCGAUCUGAGACUCUGAGGGGCUCUGCUUGGCCCCUCCCAGCCUCCCUCCUUUCAGCCAUGCCAACCGGGAGAGGCAGCUGGGAGAGAUUAGCAGACAAACCUCCCACCUGCUCCAGGCACUGGGUAAACACAUUAGCCGUCUGCUCUCUGCUUUUAGACCAGAUUGAGCUGACCUUUCCCCUGAACGUGAGGUCCAGGCGGGCCCCCACAGGCACGCAACCCCUUAAUGGGAUCACAGAAGGGAAAGAGCCAGUUCUGUGCUGGGCAAACAGUCGGUGCAAAAUAAAUGCACUUGGCUUUCCCCCUAUCUUCUCUACUUCUCCCCACAGCAGAAAUGUCCAGGAAGGGACUUUCAGCCACACCCAGAAGGAGGAAAAGGCAGGUCCCCAAUCCUUUAUCCACAAUUCUAAACUCCAAAAACUCUGAAAACCAAGACCGUUUUCCUGAGUUUGCCACAAACACACCAGAAUAGAUACAAGACCACAUAUGUCUUGGUGUUGUCCCACUGCAUAGGUUCCGCUGCAGACUCUCAGCGGGCGUGAUUUUGCGACCACGCCCUACACCCUGCCGGAAUAGAGAUCUGUUACUUUAUCUAAACCAUACAUUACCUUCCUCUAUUCUGAAAAAUUCUGAAUCCUGAGACACCUCUGGUCCCAGGAGUUGAGAGAGAGGAUUGAGGACCUGGAAGUCCCAUCACUUUUGCCACAGCAAGGUCUCAGCUGGCCCUGAGUGGGUCUGGGGCAUGGCAGAUUCCCCCAUGGUCACUGAAGCAAACUUGGGUCCGCUUGCCUGCUCACAGUCAAGCCAAUCUACUGACACCCGGUUGUGGUGAAGGAAAGGGCAGCAUUGAUCGCAGGGCGCCAAGCAAGGAGUCCAGGCGGCUAAUGCUCAGAAGGCUGCAACUCCCCGAUGGCUUUUAGGGAACGGUUUUUAGACAGGGUGAGGGAGAAGGUUGCAGGGUGAGUGAUCAGCUCGUGGACACUCUUCUGAUUGGUGGGUAGUGAGGUAAUCAACAUCAUCAACCUUCUGUUUCCAAUUGGUCUGGAGUCUACAUGCUUGUGGGCAGCAUACAGUUAAUUUCUUCCACCUGGUAGGGGUUUCAGUCUCUGCAAAACAGCUCAGAGGACUUGGCACAGAGUAUUAUCUAUAGCCCUUGAGGAGGAACUAAAGGUCCUUGACUUUGCUUAACGAUGAAACUAUUAUUAUUUUGUCUUGUUUGACUGUUUUCUUUUUUCCAAUAAAUGUAUUUCCUUGUAAUUUAACAUACCAGACAAGGAGUUCGGGCCUUUUAAGCCCUAGCUGCCUGGACUCCUUGCUUGGUGCCCUGCAAUAAACGUUGCACUUUCCUUCACCACAACCAGUGUCAGUAGAUUGGCUUUACUGUGAGCAGGCAAGUGGAAUCAAGUUUGGUUUGGUAGCACUAUGUGCGCACAGACGUGUCCGUGGGUAGAGCUGAUGCACCAGAGCUUCAUUCCUUGCUUAAGGGGGGGGGUGCAAGUCCAGGUACCCCAAGAAGGGGCACAAGAAGGUGAGAGGAGGCCUUCCCCAGCCCAGCCCCAGGGGCCAAGUCCACCCUACGGAGGAUAGGUGCUUUUGAUGCAGAAUCAAAUGGAAUGUCUUGAGGGAGAGACCCCCCUCCCCCUCUAUACGAAACCUGUGGGGCCCUGCAGGAGAGCUGCCCAGUACCAGGGGGUACCCUUGGCAUGGAAGGCAACUGUGGUGGGGCAAGACUGGAAGCCUGGGACUUUCCUGGUGGUCCAGUGGUUGGGACUUUGUGCUGCCACUGCAGGGGGCAUGGGUUCAAUCCCUGGUCAGGGAACUAGGAUCCCGUGUGCUAUGUAGCACAGCCAAGAAAAAUAAAUGAAGAUGGGAAGCCUCUUUCAACUGGCUGGUGGGCUGUCUUCAAGGAGACAGAAAGAUUCACUCACCUGUCCCCAAACACCAGGGAAACCAGGUAGUUCCAGAAACAGGUGAGGAGGCUCUAUUGAGGCAGGUAGCAUUCUGCACUGGUGGGGGAUUCAAGCCAUGGGAAUGUGGGUGUCCCUAUUGAUGUGACCUCACUUGUACCCACAGGCUGAAGCGACAUCAGUGUUUUCAAAUAACCCAGAAUACUGAGUAUUGCGACCAUUUUACAGACAGAGGAAACGGAGGCACAGAGAGGUUCAGUGAUAUGCACGUGGCCCUAAGCUGGUCAAGAACACCACUGAGACUCAAAUUCAUGUCUACUGGUCCCUGUUUCCUUCUCAGUCCACCCGUCACCUUGCAGGUGGUCUCAGGUGCAGAAGAUUAGAGGAAGGGCAGCUUCAGGGCUGCUUGCAUCACUUGUAACUUUUUGGUUCUGGACUUAACAGAUUCAGGAACAAAUAUCAUAUUUCUCUAAUAAGAUGCAUUAGGUAGCAGUUCCUUUUUAAUAUUUUUGUAACUUUUUUUUUUCUUUUGUGGUACGCGGGCCUCUCACUGUUGUGGCCUCUCCCGUUGCGGGGCACAGGCUCCGGACGCGCACGCUCAGCGGCCGUGGCCCACGGGCCCAGCCGCUCCGCGGCACAUGGGAUCUUCCCGGACCGGGGCACGAACCUGUGUCCCCUGCAUCGGCAGGUGGACUCUCAACCACUGCACCACCAGGGAAGCCCUAUUUUCGUAACUUUUAAUAAAAGGACGAGAUCGUCACUGUGACAAGCAUGUCACUGAAAUGGGAAUGAAAAGUAUUCUUAAAACUGCUCUUGAUGACUAAUAAGAACCUGCAGUAUAAACAAACAAACAAACAAAACAACUAAUACUAAACUUUCUUUGGCUUAUUUGUAUAGAAAUAUGUUAAUAUAAAUGUUUCAGACAUGACAUGA